AUGGUUUUGGUGGUGUCCAUUGUGGUGUGUCAGUGCAUGGGCUGGUCAUGGUACUUGGCCAAUGACAUGCAGUUCUAUAUCAUCAGUCCUUUGAUACUUAUACUGUUUUAUUCCAGACUAGGAGGGGUCAUCCUGAGUGUAGCCUUUGUCCUUGGAAAUUUCAUCUCCGCCGGCGUGUUGACAAAUGUCCAUAACUUCUCUGUCUCCAUCAUGCAGCGUAAUAAGGACGAAAAAGGAGACUCAAUCGAAUUAAUUUACAUCAAGCCGUGGACCAGGAUCGGACCCUACAUUGUAGGAUUGCUGACUGGAUAUAUAUUGUACAAGACCAAAUGCAAGGUCAAAAUAAGCAAGACGACGAUCCUCUACAACGCCACCUCUCGCACUGUUUUGGGCGCAUGCGUGGCCUGGGUGAUUUUUGCGUGCGCAACUGGAUAUGGAGGUCCAGUGAACGCCCUGCUGUCAUGGAAGGGGAUUGUUCCACUGAGCCGUCUCACGUACUGCUGCUAUCUCGGCUACAAGUUCCUAUGCAUUACGUACGGUGCAGCAUUUAUUGUGUCGUUGGCGUUCGAAUCUCCGAUGAUAGGAUUGGAAAAAGUUAUCCUAGGCCGUGCUAAAAACACCGAAAUAUAUGGGGUUAUCAGUGAAAUGAUAUAA